CGAUUUACGGCGGCGGGUAUAUAAUUGGCCCUGAAUGCUGGCCCUCCGGGUCGGAUUCCGAUCACAUCACAGUGGUUCCCCGCACUCCGAGAAAGCCCCGAGACCCUGUCGGCAGCGCACCCGAUCUAAGAUACCGAUGUCGUAUAUCAAUGGGCUUCAAAUGAAAAGUGAACAAAUAAAUUCCUUGAUUCAACUUACAACCUAAAAAUCAAAUCAAAAUGUCUGGAAACCUAGUCCCCCUCACCGUUAUCAAGGGCGCCGGCCACGAGUAUAUCCCCCUCCCGGAGGGCGAGAACGCGACUGUUGCCGAUUUCCACUCAAUCCGAACAAACACAAAGGACUCACCUGCUCACUUCACCUCGGGUUUCUACAAGAUUGUCGCAGGACCCGCUCGUCCCGCGCACUACAACUUUGAAGAGACCAAGUACGUCCUCAACGGUCAGAUCGACAUCUUGGAUGAAGCUACUGGGAUCACCCACCACCUAGUACCCGGAGACUUUGCUUUCUUCCACGUCGGAUCCAAGGUCAAGUUCUCCACCAAUUCAGAAGGCCUUGCUUUCUAUGCCGUUACCCGGCCCGUCAGAGUCCCCCACCCGAACCUGAAGGGCCGUGAGGAAGACACAAAGUCCAAGUUGUAAAUCAUUAGAAAAAGUAGAACUAUCACGCAAACUUGAAUU